UGUAAAAGAAAUUAAAUGUGUAUAUAAAAAGUUUGAGUUGUACAGCAUUUAUGAUAUGUCAGCAUCUCUUAUAUUGUAUUUCCUCCAUUAUGACCUUGUUGAAAAACCUAAAACACAGAAAAUACCGAAACUACACAUAGAAAACAUAAUUAACUAACCCUUUAACUACUUCUACUACCCCUACCACUGGUAUACUAUUACAACCUUACUUGACCUUACUUUGGGUAUUAGGCCUUGCCACAUUAAAAGCCUACUGUAAUUAAAGUAAACUUAUUUGUAAUGCGUCACAAAAGUCUUGAAAUGCACAUAAGACAUCAAAUAAAUUACAUUUACAUACGCCACUACCAAAAAAAUAUAACAAAACGACAAAAAAUAAGGCAACCAAUUAGGUAAUAGUUGUUUAUAACUUUUACUUGAGUUGUAUGUGAGGUAAAAUAAAAACUCAUCAAUGCGCAGUAUGAAUGUCGUGUAAACGGAAGCUCUCUGUCACAGGUGAAUUAAUAAUGUUGACCGAAAGAAGUUAUUUUCUGAUUAAGGAUGCGGAUGGUUGCUGUAACCAUGGCAACGGGAUAAACCCGUGUCUCGCAAAUCGUCAACGUCUCGCUGCUUUUGUUUAUGUGUUUAUGGACGUUUUGCUCACUUUAAUGGCACUCUAAGUGAUGAUGUUGUGUGGCGGCAAAGCCCAGCGAGGCACACACUGGAUGAGACUAGAAAUCUUUGGGGGCAAUUUUUUGGCGGCUGCUGCGGCUUCCGCGUUUGCCUGUUUACGCCCGGAUACUGAACUCUUUCUCACACUGAACUUUGAUGCUGGAUUUCAUCUGUUGUUUUUAAAAUAUCCUUAAACAUCUACAGAAAACUCUGUGAUAGGCUGAGAGUCUUUACUCAGACAUGGAGGACCCUGAUAUACGACAACAGAAGCUGGACAACCAGCGAACCCUUUUGAUGAAAAAGCAGCAAAAGAAGAGGACUGAUUCUCAAAUGGUGGUAGCCAAUCGCGAUGCACGCCAAAAGAACCGAAAACACAAAGCUGUCUGCUCUGAUGAAACACCCCUGUUGAUCAGCCAAUCCUUGAGCAGCGCUUCCCUGAGUGAUCAAGUGGAACAUGCCCAUGACAACCCACUGGAUGAGAUCACACUGGGUGAAUGCGAUAUGACAGCAAGUAUGACGUUAGAGGAGAUGCCCAUAGAGAAGCGGUUUACUCCUAAGAAAAUGAGCUUGGAAAUUGACGAAGAGCCUGAGAUGAAGUGUGACAUGGAGAAUGACGCCCAGGUGGAGGGAAAAAAGACAAAGAAAAAAGACGUGAAAAAAGAAAAAUCCAAGCAGGUGGAACAGAACAAGGAGAAGGAGAAAGAAAAGGACAAAGACAAGGAGAAAAAGGAGAAAAAAACAAAGAAGAAGGACAAAGUGAAAGAAUCUGAGGACACACAAAAGACAAACAAGACAACCAAACAAGAGCGUCAAAGUAACAUCAGUGCUGAGACAAAGUCACAGGAGGCUUCAACUCCAGAGGCAGAGUCAGCGGUGGAGGUGGCGAGUCCAAAGAAGAAUAAACGUGAUGAAAGUGACGAUGACGAGGAGGACGAUGGGUCCCAGAGGCCUGACCCUGAAUCGCCUAAGAAAAAAAAACAGCUGGACACAUCCAGGUGCCAAAUAAGCGAGGAGAGCAAAGACGAGGAAGUCCAGGAAAAGGAGAAAAAGGGGAAAAAGACAAACAAAGCAGAGAAAACUACGCCGAGUCUUGCUUCGCUUAACUCCAACUACAGGGAGAGUUCAUCCUCAAGCAGCGAAUCUAAUGAGAGAUCAACUUCUCCCAUGCCAUUGGAGGAUCUAGAGAAGUUUGCUUUGCGUCCUGCUCCUAGAGACGUAACGAUCCAGUGCAGGGUCACCAGGGACAGGAGAGGCGUGGAGAAGGGCAUUUUCCCGACUUACUAUCUCCACAUGGAGAUGGAGGAUGGGAAGAGGGUGUUUCUGAUGGCUGGUAGAAAAAGGAAGAAGUGUAAAACAUCCAACUAUCUAAUCUCCACGGAUGCGACAAAUCUGUCCAGAGACACAAACUGCUACAUAGGAAAACUCAGGUCCAAUGUUCUGGGUACAAAGUUCACAGUCUAUGAUGGAGGAGAAAACCCAGAGAAAAAACCCUUCAUCAAAGAGUGUGAAUCAGUGCGGCAAGAGCUGGCAGCAAUUUGUUAUGAGACAAACGUGCUGGGCUUCAAGGGUCCCAGGAAGAUGACGGUGAUCAUCCCCGGCAUGCUGGAGAACGAUGAAAGAGUGUCCAUUCGUCCCAAAAAUGAGCUUGAAACUUUGCUGGUGCGCCACACAAACGGCAACACAGACAAACUGGUCACCCUGGUGAACAAAUCCCCUAGCUGGAAUGACCAGACUCAGUCUUAUGUGCUUAACUUCCACGGGCGCGUCACCCAGGCUUCUGUCAAGAACUUCCAGAUCAUCCACCCUGACAACGACGAGUACAUAGUGAUGCAGUUUGGCCGUGUAGCUGAGGACGUUUUCUCCAUGGAUUACAGUUUCCCCAUGUGUGCCCUGCAAGCCUUCGCCAUCACCCUGUCGUCAUUUGAUGGCAAACUGGCCUGUGAGUGACCCAUGCUGGUGUGCAUCAAGUGCUUAACUAGAUCCCUGAUCUAGAUAGAAACUUACAGUUUAAGUUAAAACUAUACCCAUCAUUUUCCACAGGAUAAUUUUUCAUGUUUUGUAUCCUGGUACACAUUGUGUACAAUAAAUAUGGAAAAAAUGCCACAGACUUAGAUUUCAGAGGAGACUUGUUUUUAUAGAUUAUAGUAUAGUAUAUUAUAGAUAGUAUUAUUUUACCACUGAUUUUAUAUUGGAGUGGAAGCAGAGUAAUUUAAGUUAGUACAGUUUAAUUUAAUGAUCUUUCUAUUUAUAUUUGCCAGAUGUGUAAAGGACUUGUGCAAUUAAAAUAUUGAGGACAACUGUGUUAACACUACCGAUGAAAUAAAUGAUGAUAAUAAAAGUUCUGCAUGUCUCUGAAUUGUUAUUUCUCUUAAGCAGAGGUGGCGCUGUGCUGUAUAUUCCUUUGUAUCUAAUUGGUAACUUUUAAUAUUAUCGUGAUUUUCUUUGACAUUUACUUUUAUUAUUUUUAUACAAUCAGAAUCUUAAGUGGCAGUAGACUUUUCCAAACCUCUGAAAAAUACAGCUUUAUACUGGUGUAGUCCUCCACUCAGAUCUUCAUACAUCUGAUUUCAUGUUGUUUCGAACCAAAAGUGAUAUCUCUAGUACAUCUUAAAGUCCUUAUCACAAAGAAGGAAACAUUUUUAUCAAAGCAGUAACAAACUGAAAAAAAAUGCACCCAUAUCAGAUGCAGAGAAACUGCAACAAGUUGCAGAUAGAGCCAGCUGUAUCAGGGUUUCUGCUCUUGCACAAUAUAAAGACUCCAUCUCACAGGAGCUUCACUGCUCGUCUCAAGCAUGUUGUCAACUCACGUUCACACAGCUUCACAUGGGGGGUCAGACAGUCAUUUCGGUUCCAACCAAUAAAAAUAGCCCUUUCACAUGCACUGUGGUGAGUGGGAUAAAUAGAUCUGAAGCCGACAGAUAUUUUUGAUUGCGAAAAACCCUUGUUAUCGCAUAGACAAGACUCUGCGUGAAUAACAUGUUUCCUGUUCAAACUCUCUUGAAGUCUAAUCAAGUUAUAAUGUUUUUUUUUAAAUGGCACCUUGUGAGUAUUACCUUUUUAACCUUUAACCUUUGCUUGUACUUGCAGCAACACAUUUCACAAGUUAUGAAAGUUGACACAUCAACAAUAUCUCACCACAACAGCUUUAACUGCAAGUCAUGAGUUGAAAAAUCCUGAGUAAAACUGAACUGCCACAGUGUCGUCUUUCUGACAAAGAUUUCCUCUUGAUCUAAUGUUCAAUUACUUAUUGUACUAUGCACAAUCUAACACAAUCUGACACAGUGAGACUCAGUCUGCUGGUGUGCAAGUUCAUAUGUUUACAAACUCCAAAUCAACAAAAUCACAAACCUCAGAGGAAGACAUGGACUUCACUGUCAGCUCUUAUCUUUUUACAGAAUCACUACAACACACAAACAACGUUCAGCUGAUCUCCUGUCAGUGCACUACGCGUUGCACAACACUCUUGUAGGUUGCACAAUAAUUCAAUAUAUUCUGGUUUCACGUCACCCAACUUAGAAUCACCAAUAUGUUUUGUCUUACACAUUUUGACAAAUCAGAUUCAUUCAUCAUUCGUCAGAUUCAUCGAUUCACUAAAGUCAAAAAAGAAGCAUUAAAUAUGAAGUGAACCUGGGCUGAAAACAAUCCUCCAACAUAAAGUGCAUUCCUCUCCAGCAACAGCCACACAAAGCUAAAAUACUUUCACUGCUGUGAUUUCUCAAUAUAAAACACUGUGGUAAAAUCUUUAUCUUAAAACUAAAAGCAAAAAUCAUUUAUUUUCCAAAAUGUGUGAGGUGAUAUCCAGGACAUUUGAGUUUGAUUGUUCUUCAUGCAUUUAAAAUGUGUAUGACUUGAGGAAUGCAAUGUUUAACAGACAUAAGUAAAAUACACUUCCUACUCCUCAGAUUUGUUUGAGGUGAGUGAUUAUUAAGCACAGCAGAGUGCAGGGGCAUUUUUUGUUUGUAGAGUUUGAGAGGAGGAGGUUUCACAACAAUUUUCUGCUUCACUGUUGCAUGUGUGUACCUGUGCUUGAUCAAAGUGAAUCUCACAGCAGUGCUGGUAUGGAGUGUCCUCCAGCUUUGUGGUAGAUGAGCAUAACUGAAUGCCAGGAAUGCUGAAAAAAUACAUUUAGAUAAUGUUAAGUAUGUCAGAAGGGUGAAACAUUUACCCAUUGUAUAUAACUUUGCUAUUUGAAUCAAGUAUGGGUCUAAUACUGAAAAUAUGUACUGUUGCUUAACCACAUUUUAUAAAAAGACAAACCAAACUCAGUAUGCACAGUAUGCGAGACUGUGUGGUUGUUGUGAGAC